AUGUCACGGGUUCACGUCGAUUUUGAACCAGAGGCUGCCUGGAAGCACGCUUUACAGAGCCGAAUCAACGACAACCUCGAAAAAAUGCUACAAGAUGCUCGGACGUCUUUCGAGCUUGACGUCGCCAAUGUACCACUGACGUGCCCGGAAACGCGAUACAAAUUGACGGCGGAGUACACCAGGGGUGUGGAAUUUCUUCGGGCCAUCGCUGGGGAGGAGUACGAGCAUGCAGUUGAGAGAGAGCGAAGGGAGCGGGAAUGGAGUGCUCACUGUGGGGUGAUGCCGGAGGAGUGGUCUUCUGCUCUCCGUCAGGAACAGGAGGCUAUUCUGGAGGCCAUCGAGAGGAAGAAGGGCACACCCGUUGGAGUUGAAAGGCCAUCGCGCGAAACCACCAUACCUGACAAAGUCAAAUGUUCCACCACGUCCAUGCCCUCAACCCAGCCAACACCUCAUACUGCGGGCUCGGCGGAUACUAAAUCCCCCGCGUCCUCUGUGUGGACAAAUACCAAGAUCCUCGAUGAUCAACACGAAACGCCAGAGGAAGCGGCUGCGCGCGAACGUCAGGAAAAACACGAGCGGCAGCAGGAAGAAUUUCGGAAACGGGCAGAGGAGAUCAAGCGGCGGACCGCAGAACGCAAGCGGCAAGCUCAAGCCGAAUUUAACACCUCAUCUACAAGUUCCACGUCGUCAUCAUCGUCUGACAAUGGCGACCCCUACCCGUCACCACAUGGCCUUUUGUCCGACGAAGACACCAUCAAACUCCUUAUCUUCCACGACCAACAGUGGUCUCGCAUCGCCGAAUACACAUCUCUUCAUUGGUCUGACUUCCCUUGGCCCGUCUUGAGCUUUGCUGGGCCCAAAAACCCUGGCGAUCUCACCCUCGUCGUGGUUUCAGCGUAUAUUUUGUCGGCGUUUGAUCUGCGGAGGGAUAAGGCGAGGUCGAAGGAGAGGUUGAGGGAGCAUAUCAGGAAGUGGCACCCCGAUCGGUUCGAAGGGCGAUUUUUGAAAAAUGUUCCAGAGGGGAGGGAGAGGGAGAAGGUUAGGCUUGGGGCUGGGAUGGUGGCGAGGUUCUUGAACGAUUUAUUGGCCAGGUUUCAUGACCUUGGCUAG